AAAAGCGCAGAUAUUUCUCCAACACAUUUUUUAUAAUUAAUAAUAAACAAAGCUACUUGUUUUUUUUUUCCCCAGCCCUCACUCUAGGUUGCGGUUAUAAACCGUUUUAAAUUUUAGCGUACACCGCAAAGGCGGUUUCACUCUUUCGGGCUUCGGCAGACUUGAACCAUUGACUGACGAUUCGCCCUACCGACGCUACCAAACUACAACAACAACAUUAUGGCAGAAUCCUUUCUCAUGGAGGUGUGUGUGGACUCCGUAGAGUCUGCCGUCAACGCGGAGCAAGGAGGUGCUGGUCGACUUGAGCUGUGUUGUAGUCUUAUGGAGGGAGGCCUCACUCCCAGUCUUGGCCUGCUGCAGAUUGUAAAAAGAUGUGUAAAAAUCCCAGUCUAUGUGAUGAUUCGUCCUCGUGGUGGUGACUUCCUUUACUCAGACCGGGAAGUGGAAGUCAUGAUGAAAGAUGUGGAGGUGAUGAAGGACCACGGGGCUGAUGGAUUUGUGCUGGGAUUCUUGACAGAAGAUGGACAGGUGGAUAAGGAGCUCUGUAUGGAAUUUCUGGCUGCUGCUCGUCCUUUACCCGUCACCUUCCACCGAGCUUUUGACAUGGUCUGUGAUGUAGCUGUUGCCCUGGAGACACUUGUGUCAUUGGGUUUUCAGCGUGUGCUGACCAGCGGCUGUGAUAGCUCUGCAUUGGAGGGACUACCACUAAUUAAGCGCCUGGUAGAGCAAGCUAAGGGUAGAAUUAUCAUCAUGCCAGGUGGUGGCAUCACAGAACGAAAUCUGCAAAGAAUCCUCGAGGGAUCUGGUGCUCAAGAGUUUCACUGCUCUGCUCGUUCCAGUAGAGAUUCUGCCAUGAAAUUUAGGAACAGAAGCGUGGCAAUGGGAGCUUCUCUCACGGCACCAGAGUACAGCCUGAAGGUCGCAGAUGUGAACAAAGUACGCACUUUUAACGCAAUAGCCCGAAAUACCUUGUGAAAUGACACUGAAUAAUUCAUAAGUAAUUACUAAAUCAACAGCGCCAGAGUUAUUUAUUCAUUUUACAAUUCAAGAUAUUGGUCAAAUGAUAAGAAAUAUUUGUCUAUGUUCAUUCAGAUGUUCAUGAAAAAAAAAGCCUGUAUAGUUAAUCUCAAAAUGAGUCAUACACUGGCCUAACAUGGAUAGUGGACCCCAUUUGUUGAGAUAUUCUGGCUGGGAUUGUCACAGAAAAGUGUAAAGCAAUUGAGAGAUGUGUAUAGCAGAAUGGGGAGGCGUUUGUUGUGUUUUGUGCAAGAAAAAAACAAAAAACAAAACUUGUUUACAGAACUUUGUAUUUGUUGGGAAAUCAGCCAAAACUGUGAUCUUACUAAUUUUAGUUCUGAUUAUAACAAAAUUCAUAGUACUUGAAAUAAUUGAAGAUUUCAAUUAAAAGUUUAUAUGUUUCAGCCAUGUGUUGUGC